GUAAUUUAGUGGGAUUACUUUUUCUGCCACAUCUGAUGAAAGAGCGCAAGAAUUUAGUUUUUACGAAAAAAUUUUUAACAACAUAACUUUAAAAAAAUGCGGCACAUUUUGCCAAAGUUGGUUGAGACUGAUUAACCCUGGUCGUCUCUUUAUCAAAGUAUCAAAGCAUCAUAUACCUCUAUUUGAUAGUCAUACAGAAAUAAUCUUAAUGAGACACGACGGAAUAUAAAAGAAAUAAGUAGAUCUCUCUAUUCUGUCGCAUAUAUUUGUCGAUAAUUCUAAUUACCGUGUGGCUUAGCAAAAGUGGGAAGUGGUCACGAAAUGGACAUUUAGUUCACGUCAGCAAUCAUAUCGUUGCGUGACGGGUUGUUUUUCCCGGAAUCAGGAACUUCCGCUCCUAAACAGACAGCUGGAAACAUGGCGCGUAGUAACCGAACGGAGUUUCACCUCUUUAACUGCGAUAAAUUGUGUAAGUUAAGUGAGGUAGAAACUUUGCUCAAAGCCGUUAAACGAAAGGCUUCUUCACAGAUCAAGAAACAUGAGUUUAGGGGGGAACAAAUCGAAGAAAUCGUUGCUCAAGAGAUUCCAAAAUUAACGUCGAUGGAUUACGCUGUGUUCAUUGUGCAUGCAGCUGAGGCCUGCCUCUCCUUUAGUGAUGAAAGUGGCUACGGAAAAAUCUAUGAGGCUCUCAAGAGGCGAACUGGCUCAGAUGAAAAAGUUUUGAUCGUUAUCAGUGGGGACAAAAAUUACAAAAGCAAGAGCGAAGAAGACCAGUUGUUCCUCUCCAAGUGGGCAAGGGAUACUAUUUCUCGUCAAUUUCGCACACAUCUUGUGGAUGGAAGAAAAAGUUUCAUCUUCUCUUGGAAUCAGAAACACAGGCCAAUCCAUGAAGAAGCACUGCUGCAUUAUUUUGAUCCAGAGAAGAAAGGACAGAGGUUUGACCUUCAAACGCCAACUGCUGCGACCCCAAAGCUCCCAGGGCACCCCCCUACUCCUUCACACCACUCAGACAUCCAGCAAGAGGAUUCAGAAAUAUCUGUACCAAAAUCAGCUGAUACUGAGGAGGCUGCACUCCAACGGAGUGUGACACAGGGCCAGAAUUCGGGGUGUCAGUACGAAGAAGACGGUGAACAACAAACUUUGGAUGUCACUCAAACUAGGUUACAAGAUUCUGAUGAGAAUUCAGGAAAGAGCAAUUUACGGCGUAUCUUAAAACUACAAACAAGUCUGCGCUAUGGUAAAAUAUCAUACCGUAGUGCAGACGUGGAGACCUGGGACGGAAGCUGGAAUCCUCCUGACAGCGAGGUAAAGAAGUUAGAACAGGAAUACAAGUCAACACGCGUCAUUCGAUUGACAAUCUUUGUUGAUGAAAAUGAUAAGAUUUGCGGUGUUAUUGUGAAACCAUAUACCUUACGGGAUUAUUGCACAAUUUCGUAAAGGCCCUGUUAUUUUAGGCUAUUAAAGAAGAACGUCAUCAACCAUGCAUGAGUCUAUUGUAGUAGCCGGAUACUUGACCAUGCUAUUUACCUUAAUCUACUAGCGUUCUAUCACAAGUACUGCAAUCUUAUUAGUUAUGCUACUAUCUAUCUAUCCCACGAUAUAUAGUCAGUACAUUGAGUAGACGAACUAUGGCAAGCCAAUUGAAGCAAUAUUCAAUACUAACCGGAAGCAAUUUUGAAUGUAUUUUUUUUCAUUGAAUUGAACUUGAAUUUUCAUUGAAUUGAAACUGAAU